GGCAGAGACUAGAGAGAGAUUCCCUCCUACUCUCUCUCUCUCUCUCUCUCUCUCUCUCUCUCUCGCCUUCCUCGAACUUUCACCCCCCUUCUCUCUCUAGGGCUGAGAUCGAUACACCUAUCUGUACAUGUAAAAUUCUUCACGUCACAUGUGGUCUGUAAUGUAAUCUAAAGCAAGAACCACUCCACUUUUAUUACUCGUACUGCCUCUUAGAAAUCACGACAUUUCUGCAGAAAUCGAAUCGAAUCGCAUCGAAUCAAAUCGAAUCGAAUCGGGAUUAAUGGAUUCUGAUUCUUGGACUACCACUCGCAGACGAUACCACCACCACAACUCCUCUCGAUCUGAUGUGUACGAUGAGGUUGAUGGGGAGGAAGAGACGAGGCCGGAGUUCAUGUGCCCGUUCUGCGCGGAGGAUUACGACGUCGUUGGACUGUGUUGUCAUAUCGAUGAGGAGCAUGCGGUGGAAGUGAAGAAUGGGGUAUGCCCAAUUUGUACAAAAAGAGUGGGAAUGGAUUUGGUUGGCCAUAUUACCAUGCAACAUGGAAGUCUUCUUAAGGUGCAGCGCAAGAGGAGAUAUCGAAAGUCUGGAUCUAAUUUGACAUUUUCUAUGCUGAAGAAAGAAUUGCGUGACGGAAAUCUGCAAUCACUUCUUCGGGCAUCUCAGUCCUUGGUUUCCUCUUCCAACGCUGAACCUGAUCCAUUGUUGUCCUCAUUUAUGUACAACCGAGCUGUGCUUGAUGAGCCUGCAAGUGUAAAACCUCAUUUGUCAUUGGAAGCAAGCUCGAUAAAGGAUAGCUCACUUGAGGAUUCUUCGGAAAGAAAUAUCCAACCACCUCAGAUAUCGGAAGAGGAUCGAGAAGAGAGGGUUAGGAAGUGUGAGUUCGUGCAAGGGCUGCUGCUGUCCACUUUUCUGGAUGAUAGUUUAUAAGUCCGAGGGAGAUGAGAUUCACUGCUUAUGUGCCGAAUAUAUAUAAGUAUGUAUUUCCACUGUAGUUUGAUGAGGGAAGAAGAGAAAUGCAGUUAGUUGAAGUAGUUAAGGCUGAUGAACAUUUGUAUAAGCUAUUGUAUGUAAAGCUAUCUGCCUACUCGGACAUGGAAGAAAGCUAUCUUCUUGGCGUA